GUUUCGUCUCCUGGUGUAGACAAAAACUAAAGCAAGUCGCGUUCUGUAUAAACAGCAGAGCAAAGGGGUAAAAGGCACUGAAAAUUCCAUUCUAUUCUAUGGAAAUGGAGCACUCUCCUUCAGAUGUAUGUUCCCAAAUGCCUUGCCAACUGGAGUCCAACGCCUGGGCAUUUUCGAGCAGAAAAUACAAAGAUGAAUUGGGGUACCAGCGAACCAUCAUGUCUUCUGCUUCUGUUGUUUCCAUGUUUCCAACUGUGAAAUGGAGGAUCCAAUCUGUUAUGGAGAAAAUGUCGACUCCAAAUAUUUGUCUGGUUCAAUUCUGGGCACCCAUCAAGGUCAAUGGAUCCACUUUCCUGUCCACGGCGGAUCAAACAUUUGGUUUCUAUAAGGGAAUUGAUAAGAGGCUCUCUUCAUACAGGAAGCUCUGUCUAGAUACUUUGAUUCCAAUUGACGACUACACCGAAAUUCGAUUUGGCCCAAUUGAACGAGUUUACACAAGAUGCUUGCCAGAAUAUAACCCCGACGUCUCAAGUUACUCCGCUGCAGAGUUUCCACUGCUCGAACUUGCAAUUCGCUUGGGAAUUCAUUCUUAUUAUGCAGUUCCAGUGUUCAACAACUAUGACCAGCAGUACCGUGGUGUACUUGAGAUUGUAUCUACACAACCAUCUCUCCAUCUUUCCCAUCUUAUUACGGGGUCGAAAAUCUAUUCAUUUCAGUUGCAUAGCAUUUGUAAUUCAAGGGACAUGCUUUUUGGACUUUUAGAGCCGCCUGUUGAUGAUAGACUUGAUGAAAUAAAGAAUGAGUUAUAUGAGAUCCUUGAAAGAGACAGUUUACCCUUUGCUCAAAUUUGGAUUCCUUAUUCUCCAUCUGUCUCUUUAAAAGUCUUGUAUCGUGCUGCUGCCUCCAUCUAUGAACGUUCGAGUUCAAUGUAUCAUGAGUUUGAACAUGUUUCUGAGGUCUGUUUUAUUGAGAGCGGUGCGGCAUUGGUCGGGAGGGCAUUUGCAUCCCAAGGUUCAUGCUUUUGCAAAGAUGUUACUCUAUUAAGCAUCAGCGAGUACCCUUUGGUGCUUAGUGCACGAAAAGUUAGAUUCACUCAGAGUUUUGCAAUUUGUUUGCAAAGUAAAUGCGCCGACAAUAGCGUUUACGUAGUUGAGUACUUUCUGCCACCCAACAAAAUGUCUGCUAGAGAUACAAGGACUUUCAUAAAUAUGCUUUUAUCCACAACGAAAGAACGACUUCCAGGUUUCGUAGUUGCUCCUGGAAAAGAACUAGGGCAGAGGAUGCUCGUUGAAGUUGUUAAAGUUUCCCCGAGUGAUGAAUUUGACUCCUUUGAAAUUGGCCAAUCUCUACCGAGUGUUGAAUCACUUCAGGAUGGAGGAGGAACAACUGAAUUUGGCCAACGUCUGCUGAGUGUUCAAUCUCUUCAGGAUGUAGGAGAAACAACUGAAAUUGAUUCUUUCUGCCAACAGUCAAAUAAUGUUGUUGCUGCUGCUGCACUACUGGUUCCUUCUUGUUCAGCAGACAAGCGUGACUCACUCAACUGUGAAAGGACAGUGGAAGUUGAUCUGUUACUUCCACAUCCAAUAGAGGAAGCUGUGACAAACAGUGGAAAAGUUAACUUGGAUGUAGCACAUGAUGACCACAUUGAGGAUACACUUGAAAUAAUGCAACUUGAUUCACACUUUGAGCAACCAAAUAUAGAAAUUAAUUCUGCGGGAAAUGCAAUGACUAACAACAAUAAAAUCCAUUCGCAUAAGAAAAGCACAAUACAAAGGAUAGAAAAAGAUUAUGGGAUUACUCGCAAGAUUCUGGAGCAGCAUUUUGGCAGGACUCUUCAAGAUGCUGCCAAAAAUCUACAUGUUAGUCAAGCAACAUUGAAACGAAUAUGUAAAGAAUAUAAAAUCACUAGAUGGCCAAAUUACAAGACUAGAAAGGCUAAUGUCCAUGUUAGCCAAGGCGUAUCUUUUCAAGUUGCUGAACCAUAUGUGGUCAAUCAACAAUGUCCUGCUCUUUCCCAAGAAAAAGGCAUAGAUUAUUUGGGUCACAAAAUAUCUCCUGCAAUAGGAAAACCUUGUGAUGGUGUGAUGACGGUAAAGGUUACAUAUAAAGGUGAUAUCAUAAAGUUUCAACUCUCCCUUUCAUCAACGAGGGUAGAAUUGGAGGGGGAAGUGGAAAAGAGGCUUAAGAUAUCACUUGAAAGGUUUUCAAUCAAGUAUCAAGAUGAAGGUGACGAUUGGAUUUUGAUAAGUACUGAUUCAGAUUUGAGGGAUAGGAUGCAUUCACUAAGAUUGUUGGGGAAGGACUACUAUGAGAUUACUGGUUACCCCUGAAGCUGACACAUGAAGGAUUUUCUCAUGCUCGAUGUGCAGUUCAACACCCUCUUUGAAUCAUUGAAGGCACUGCAAGAUUGGGUGAAGGUGAUGCAAGGGAGUCAUUCUAGUAUGGUCUCUUCCAUUUGCCGUAUGAUCACUACUGCAGGAUGAGAUGCAAUCGGACUCCAUUCAAGAUGAAGAUGAAGAUUGGAUUUUAAUAAGUACUAAUUCAGAUUUGAGGGAUGGGAUGCAUUCACUUAGAUUGUUGGAAAGGAAUACUAUGAGAUUACUCGUUACCCCAGAAGCCGACACAUGAAGGAUUUUCCGCAAGUUUUGAUAUGGUUCAUCUUCAUUGCAGAACGUUAGUGAUGUUAUCUUUUGGUGAUAUGGUGUUUGUCUCUUCUCUGAGGUGUUGUGACAUGUCUUUGUGCUCAGUGUACCAAGGUGAUUAAUGCUAUUAUGAA